AAAGAGACCAAAUACACUACUUAUAUAUUCACCAAGCUCAACAAAAAUAAACAAAAAGAGAGUAUAAUAGUGAAAAGUGAUAGAGAUGAUGAUGAAGAAGAGUAUGAGUGUGAUUUUGGUUGUCAUGUUUGCCAUUGUAGUGCAGUUAGCUGCAACUCAAACUGCCUCGGCUGCUCGGCAACUUGAUCCCCUUUCACGUGCACAAAUUCUUCUUGCUCAAGAGUUUGUUAGCGAAACCCAGCAUCCACUCACUUGUGGUGUCGUAGGGGCUAUUUGCCAUCCCUUCAAACGUUGUUGCAAAGAAAAUAAUUGCUAUGGAAUAUGUAUACCCAAAUGCUUUCCAGACGACUGCUACAAGUCCGAAGUCCUACAACUAAACUAAUAUGGAGUCUUCAUAAUAUUAUACUCCAACCAUAAUUAUAAAUUAAGAAAUUUCCGGCAUUGACCAAGGUAUUUGGAGGCGUUGACCAACAUUGACCGGCGUUGACCAACAUUGAGCAGCGUUGACCAAUCAAGAAAAAUUUCCUCCGGCGUAAUGGCAAACAAUGUUCCAUAUUCGAGCAAUGAUGGGGACGGGGUUAAUUAUCACGGUAGAUUUCAGAUAACUGAUGCAUUCUCAACGGUUAAUGAUGCGGUUAACCAUCUUAAUGAAAUUGCAAUUUCCAUAGGGUUCGAAUUGGUUAUUGAUUCGUAUAAGCAGAAUCCGACUGGUCCACUGCGUUGCUAUUUGAAAUGUUUUAGGGGGUCGAGAUACUCGGGAAAUAAGGUAGAUCCGAAUAUUAUGGUGCGACCUAAUACAUCGACAAAGUUUUGUGGAUGUAAUUUUAUGAUUAGGUUGGUUUUGGGGGACAAAUGGCAUGUGUCUAUUCCGAAUAGUGAUUAUGCUUUCCACAACCACGCAUUCAUAGUAUAUGCGGAGGGUCACAGACGGACUAGUGGGCUCAAUGAUGAUGCUAGGCGGAUGGUUAGACAGAUGACUGAUGCCGAGACCGCACCCAGAAACAUUCAAGCUGCUGUAAAUGAGGCAUUCCCCCAUCUUCACCAAACGAUAAAGCAUAUAUACAACGAGAGGUAUUUUUACAAGAUGGAAGGGCGUGAAGAACGGACUUCAGCUGAAAAUUUUCUGUACCUUGCUCGUUCGAAAAAUAUGUGUAUUGGUCAUUACGGGAUGAUGAUGGAGUGA